AUGGCCAGCUCCCCCGCCCCCAAGAAUUUCGAUGAACUGAGCAAAUUACUCGAGAACGACAUCAAGGUCAAGGUUGCUGUUGAUGGCGUACUUCGUGGAAAGUUUAUGUCGAAGGAGAAAUUCCUGAGCGCCGCAUCAUCCGAUGGCUUUGGCUUUUGCAGCGUUAUUUUUGGCUGGGAUAUUCAUGACGCCGUUUACUCUCGCGAGCUUUUGAUCUCGAACAGGGCGAACGGCUACAGGGAUGUUAUGGCGUACAUCGAUCUCAGUACUUACCGACGUAUUCCUUGGGAGAAGAACGUUCCCUUCUUCCUGGUUUACUUCCUUGACCCGGACACCAAAGCGCCCAUCAGCGCCGAUCCCAGAGGCAUGCUCAGUAGCAUCACCAAGAAGGCAGGCGAAUCAGGUCUACAAUGUUACGCUGGCGUAGAAUACGAGACAGCUGGACGUCUGGUAGAAACUCCUGCUAGUGCGGCCGAGAAGCAGUUCAAAGACCUUCAACCGCUGACUCCAGGAAUGCACGGCUACUCCCUUCUCAGGACACAGCUCAACAAUGAUUACUUUCACGAACUAUUUGACGCCAGUUCAGAGUUCGGCGUGGCUAUCGAGGGACAUCACACCGAAACUGGCCCAGGCGUCCUUGAAACUGCGCUGGCGUAUACUUCCGCUCUCCAGAUGGCAGACUCGGCUAUCUUGUUCAAGUACACCGCCAAGAGUGUCGGCAUGAAGCAUGGGAUUAUCCCGAGCUUCAUGGCUAAGCCGUGGGGCAAGCUCCCGGGCUGUAGUGGGCAUGUACACGUUUCCCUGCGGGAUGAGAGCGGUCGCAACAUAUUCGCCGUUUCCGAUUCAGAACUCAAGGAAGGUAGAAGCGAUGCUGCAUUUGAAGACACAAAAUUCGUUAGCCAAAUCGCUGAGUGGUUCCUAGCGGGAAUCCUUGACGGAAUAGCCGAUGUGCCGACCAUCAACGGAUACAAGAGGCUGGUUGGCGGUGAGGCCUUCUGGGCUCCCAAUGCUAUAACCUAUGGAUACGACUCUCGCGCUGCCUCAGUGCGCAUCAUUUCUCCACCAUCCGCACCACCUUCAGCUACACGGUUUGAAGUACGCGUUCCCGGCGCCGACAUGAACCCUUACUUUGCUCUGAGCGCCAUCUUCGCCUUGGGUCUUCGCGGUAUUGAGAAGAAGUUACCCCUAACGAUACCUCCCAUGUCACAAUUAACUCCUGAAGACAAGAAGUUGGGACAGAUCAAAUUGCUUCCAACUUCUCUGGAAACUGCAACAGAGAGAUUCAUGGGAUUGGGGAGCACGGCCCGUGAGGUAUUUGAACCGGACUUCGUUGAUCAUUAUGGCGGAACCAGGGAACACGAAGUAAAGCUUUGGAACGAAGCCGUAACAGACUGGGAAGUGGAGCGGUAUCUUGAACUAGCAUAG